CUAUUGGCUAAUGGUUGAAGGGAGCCUGGCUAAAUGCUUCUUAAAUAGCGCAGGCUGACAAUGUUUGCAGGCAGCUGAGGCGGACUGGGAGCUUGUGCACUGGGGAUAUGCGAUACUACUGCACUGAGAACUUCUCAAAAAGACAAGAUUAUCAUCUGAGCAUGUUUCCUCUGCAUGGCGUCAACGCCGCGAUGCUGCUGGAGCUCCACCAGCAGAUGGCGCCACAGUACAGCAGCGUCUACGCGGCCAGCCCCGCAGCGCGCACCCUGUCGGUGGCUGAAAGACUUGCAGUUAUUUCUUUCCAUGGCACCAGAACUUAUACUUGAGGCACGCUAUGGGAACCAGCAGAAGCAGCGCCGCAGCCGCACGGCCUUCACGGUGUCCCAGCUGCAGGCUCUGGAGAAAGCUUUUGAGCAGACCCAGUACCCUGAUGUCAGCAUGAGAGAGAGGCUCGCUGUUUGCAUCAACCUGCCCGAGGCGCGCAUUCAGGUGUGGUUUAAGAACAGGAGAGCAAAGUUUCGCAAAGGUCAAAGGUGCGUACCCCUCUCCAAAGACAAAAAUACAGAGGAGGCACUAAAUGACAGCAAGCUGGGAGAGGAGGGGGACCGACAAGACAUGGACACAUCGCCCACUGAAAGCAACAUCGCACUCAGGCCAUGUCUGCCUCCCACUCCUGUGUCAGAUAAAAGAAGAGAUAUUUGCCCCCGUACAAACUCUCAUCUCAUCUCCAGCUGCCCCCUACGACUACCCUCCCCUCCACUUUUCCCUUUCAUCCCAGGCCAGAGUUACAGCCACCCACCUCGCCAGCCACUUUUUGGGAUGUUUUCCACAGAGCUUGUGGCCCCUCCGGAGUUCUGGCCCUUCAUACAGCAGCAGAGCCAGAGCCUCGGGGCUCCUCUGUCAGCCAUGACUAAAAACUGUAGCCUCUCCCUUCAGACUGCUUGUUCCAGUAAAGCUGUGCUGUAUCCUAACUUGGGCUUGUAACUGUGGAUAUGGGGCCACCAAGCCAAGAGGCUGCACGGUGUGUGUGUGUGUGUGUGUGUGUGUGUGUGAGAGUGCGCGCGCCCGCGCAUGCUACGUCUUUUACCAUAUAGUGCUGUUUGAUGCUCGCUUUUUAGCAUAUAAGGAAUAUAUAUUUAUCAAGUUGCACUGCUCUCUAGCUGCAAUAACAAUGGCGACUUAAGACUCCUAACUAAAUAAAGUUGGUUGAGUUCAGUAUAACAGAGCACUGCAAUAUAAA